AUGGAUCUCGCAGGCGACCACCCGAAUAACCUCAUCCCCAGCCUCGACUCUCCAGUUCCCGUCUCGGCUGCUGCUCCGGCUUCGUCGGCCGUCUCUCAGCCACCGAUAGCCGCCUCCCAGCCCGCCUCCCACGCCAAUUCUCCCGACCGCAAGCCCAAGAAGUCGUCUCUGACAUGCACCACAUGCCGCGCCCGCAAGGUCCGCUGCAACGGCGCGCGCGACAUCUGCUCCAACUGCGAACGCCUCGGCUUCCCCUGCUCCUAUGAUGACGGCGACGCAGGCGUCUUGUCCGGCAGCUUGCCGCGCCGACGUGUCCGACAGGCUUGCCUCAGCUGUCACAGCCGCAAGGCCCGAUGUUCCGGUCAUAUGCCAUCAUGCGACCGCUGUCGCUCCCAAGGCAUCGAGUGCGUCUACCGCCCAAGCAAGCGUGCGCGCAUCGCCAUGAGGAGUGAGGACCGAAGCCCACAGAGUCUGGAAGGCGAUCGAGACGAUGGCCACAAUGAUAGUGACCCAGGAUUGACCGACCCUGCCAGCACCGCAACACCCCAAGGCUAUUCCCACGAUGUUCCCUUCCCUGAUGAAUCCUUUGAUGCUUUGAUAGGUCGGACUUUUGACCAGUUCUUCCGUCACGUCCAUCAUAUUCCCAUGUACUCUUUCCUCCAUCGGGCAUCCCUCAUGGAACGAUACCACUCGGGCAAGGUGGAAAAGGCUCUUCUUCUAGCCUUGGUCGGGAUUACAUCGUACCUUACAGACAUGGGACCUGGCAUGCGGGAGUAUGGCGAGAAAUGCAUGGACGAUGCCGAAGCUCUCAUCUUUGCCGACUACACGCGGCCUUCCACUAUCAAAGUCCAGGCGCUUGUGCUUAUUAUCAAGCACCGCAUCCUCUCCAAGAAAUCGCCGAGUGCUUUCAUGCUUCUCAGUAUAGCAUCUCGAUACGCUGCCGCCCUCCGUCUAAACCACGAGUCGCCAACCCUCUGCUUCCUCGCUCAGGAGUCCCGCCGAAGACUCAUGUGGGCACUCUACUGCGUCGAUUCGGGCAUCUCGGGAGGAUACCGAGACUACUCGCUCUGGAGCGCUGACAAAAUCCACGUAGGAUUGCCCUGCAACGAGCGCAACUUUGAAUUUGACCUACCGCAGCCCACCGAGAGACUAGUCCACGACCCCGACAAACCCCGUAACCCCCAGGCCGAGGACAUUGGAAGUUUGGCACUUCACAUUCGGAUACAGCACAUGCGGCGUCGAAUCAUGGAAUUCUCUAGGCGAGUUAUGUUGACCCGCAACAUCAAGCCGGAUGAUCUCCAGGCUGGGAUUUGGGGUCUUCAAAAGGAUCUGGGUGAUUUCGCUGCACACCUGCCGACAUCUUUCCAGUUCUCCGAAAGCUCGCUGAGACUUCGCGCCUAUUCUCCCCGAAUAUGUGUGUUUAUCAUGAUCCACGUCUGGUGGCGCCAAUGCCACUGCGAUUUAUAUCGUCUGGCGCUUGGUGGUCUUCGAGAAGCCCUGCCCCGAGCUGUGCUUGCCACCCUUGAUGACGCCUUUAUCGAUCAUUGCCAACGACAGUGCGUUGAACAUGCCCUUGCCAUGGCUAACAUCUUUUCAUCCAUGCAAAAACUCAACGCAAAACCCGUGACGGACCUUGAUAUGGCUAUCUGCGCGUAUCAGUGUGCCCGCGUCUUGACCUACGCUUAUCAUACCAACGGCCCCAAGUUUGACAUCACUUUGGACGCUGUGAUGGAACGGGCCAAGGUUUGUCUGCAGACUAUCAAAGAGUGCUGUGUGGGAAAGACAGCGGAAGGAAUCAAGGUGGAUUUGGAAAAGCUGAUAUCCCAUGGAAUCGCCAUCCGUGUACCCUCGGCAACACCAGAUCCUCAUGGUCGACUGCCAAUGGACAGUGUGUAUCCUCGGCAGGCCCUGCGCCAACACAUGGUUCCCGAUGACCACAACAUGGGCGAUGCGUCUCAAUUUGCCCCGAUUACCCCGGUUUCCAUGUCCGCCAUGACCGAUUCGACGUUCCCACCAUCCCUUGUUGCCGACCCAUGGGUACCCGAGAGCCAGGUCUCGCCAGACCUACCCCAACCGACCGUCGAGGUUCAAGUUCCCGCCAAGACCAGCGUCACCGCCCCUGAAAUCGUUCCCCGACAAGAGUUUGGCAUUUCGGAACUCAACAACGCAUACGACGGUGGUACGGAUGGCCUAGGAGUUGAUAACGGUCUGGAGUAUGGUAUGGGGAUGGACCAGAACAUAUGGAUGCCCAGUAAUGACUGGCUCGGCAUUGAUUCUCUGAAUGGAGGUGUCGGUGCAUGA